UUUCUUGUGCAAAAUCGCCAUUUCCUUCUGAGGUAGUGUGCACAUACACAAAUACACUGAAAGAAUAGCAGGAAGUUCUUUAUUAAUUGACUAUAAACUUCUCGCUGCUUUCUUCCAAACACAUUAGAAAGGUAAGAAGGCAGUUCAAGCCGGCUUUUCAAGGACAGCCCUGGGGGAGUGGAUUAGGCAGUAGUCUUUGGAGGUGAAGCAGUAAGAGUGAUUAUGAAAAAAGUCCUGACAAACUUCAUAAGGACAGAUUGGAUCUUGUGGUCAUCUUUAAAGAUCGGGCAGCUUUGAGGUCCUGUCCUCCCCGUUUGGAGAAGGUGGACUGAGGGACAUCAGUCGGGACACGAUCAGAGCGCAGGAUCCUCUCCAGCUCCCAGUGUUCCAGGUUUCUGCUUCAGAAGACGAUGGCUGCGAUCAUGACCAGGGAGGGGGGUGAGAACAAUCCCGAAACAGAACAGGUUCUCCUGCUGGAGAAGAACCUCUGGAAGCCCUGGCCACGCACUCGCACCAAGGUCAAAGGCUGCCUGGGCUACGUGAAGCGGGUCCUGUUUGUAGUCGGGGACGAUUGGAUCUUCCUCUUCGCUUUAGGGGUGAUCAUGGCACUCAUCAGCUUCACAAUCGACUUCACGGUCAACAAGAUGCUCACUGCCCACUGGUGGCUCUUCCAUGAGCUUGGAGACAACAUGCUGCUUAAAUUCUUGUCCUGGUCGGUCUAUCCUAUCGCCCUGACUGCCUUCUCCACCGGCUUUGCACAGAGUGUGUGCCCAGAGUCUGCAGGCUCAGGAGUCCCAGAGGUGAAGACCAUCCUGACAGGAGUGGUGCUGGAGGAGUAUUUGACCAUUAAGAACUUUGGGGUCAAGGUGGUGGGGAUGACCUGCACCCUGGCUGCAGGGAGUCCCAUCUUCCUGGGCAAAGUGGGUCCGUUCGUCCAUCUGUCCUGCAUGAUCGCGGCCUACCUGGGUAGAAUGCGAGCAUCUGCGACCAACGAGUAUGAGAAUAAAAAUAAGCAGUAUGAGAUGCUGGUAGCAGGUGCAGCUGUCGCGGUGUCUAGCUGCUUUGGAGCUCCAGUAAGCGGGGUUUUGUUCAGUGUGGAGGUGGUGUCAUCUCACUUUGCUGUCAGGCAUUACUGGAGGGGAUUCUUUGCGGCUACCUGCGGGGCCUGCAUGUUCCGACUCCUUGCAGUCUUUAACAGCGAGCAAGUGACUAUCCUCGCUCCCUUUAAGACCAGCUUCGAUAUUGACUUCCCCUUCGAUCUCCCCGAGAUGAUCUUUUUCAUAAUUCUUGGGGCGGUCUGUGGGGUGAUGAGCUGUGCCUACCUCUUCUGCCAGCGCUGGCUGCUCGGGUACACUCGACGCAAUUCAAUCAUUGUCAAGCUGAUGGCUACAGAGAAGGCUGUGUACUCUGGACUGGUGGCCCUGUUGCUCUCCUCCAUCACCUUCCCUUAUGGUCUGGGACAGUUCAUGGCGUCCAGGCUCACCAUGAAAGAACUCCUCUACUCCUUAUUUGACAAUAACACCUGGAUCGUCCUGUCCCAGAAUGCCUCACUCUCACGGCCCCAUGUCGUGGACCCCCAAAACCUGUGGCUAGAGUGGUGGGACCCCACGUUCACUUUCUAUGGAACUAUUACGUUCUUCUUGGUCAUGAAGUUCUGGAUGCUUGUUCUGGCCACCACAAUGCCAAUGCCCGCCGGCUACUUCAUGCCAGUCUUUCUUUAUGGAGCAGCGAUUGGCCGAUUGUUCGGGGAGGUGGUAGCCUACUUUUUUCCGAAUGGAAUCUGGACUGAUGGUGUCCUUAACUUUAUAAUUCCUGGAGGAUAUGCUGUGGCAGGUGCGGCUGCCUUCUCAGGUGCUGUGACCCACACUCUGUCCACGGCUCUGCUAGCUUUGGAGAUGACUGGUCAACUCUCUCACAUCCUGCCUGUGCUGCUGUCUGUACUGGUGUCUAAUGCCAUCGCCCAGCACUAUCAGCCCUCCUUCUACGACGGGACCAUCAUGGUCAAGAAGCUUCCCUACAUACCCCGCUUCUGGGGCUCCCAAAAAGGAUCCUGCAUGGUGACCACUAAUCAGUAUAUGAACCGUAACCUGGCCCCGGUGGUAAAGAGCUGGGGGUUCAGGGAUAUCCUCAAUGCACUGACCUCCAGCGCAGACACUGAGUUUCCUGUAGUGGAGAGUGAAGGGUCCAUGGUGCUCCUGGGUUCCGUAGCCCGGUCUGAAUUACUCUACUUCCUGCAAAGCUACACAGGGCAGGACACUGUUGUGGAGGGGACCCCCAGCUCGGGAUUGGAGAAGAACGUGGGGGAAGUGUGUUCCAUCCAGCCCAUCACUUUUCAGCUUUCAGCACAGACCUCCCUCUAUCAGGCACAUGAACUGUUCGAGCUCCUGAACACGCAGCUCAUGUUCGUCACCGAUGGAGGGAAGCUGGUGGGGUUCGUCACCCGAACAGAGCUGAGGAAGGCGAUUGAAGACCUGGCUUUGGGAAAAACCCCUGCAUAGAUAUGACAAGCAGGCAGGCAGGCAGGCAGGCAUGUAGGCAGGCAGGCAGAUAGACAGACACACAGACAGGCAGGCAGGCAGACAGACAGACACUCAGCAAAGGAGUCAACUAAACAGUUAUACAGUUCAGUUCAGACAGCAUGUCACAUGUAUAUUACUAGUAGAGUUGAAACUAAACCUAUAGUAUUGCUUCCAACUCUAUAUUAAGAUCUCUAGAUACAAGAUUGUAUUGAAAUCAGUUUGAAAAGGGGUAUUCAUUAGUUAGACUUUGUUUAUUGGAAUUAAUAAUUACUUAGCAGAAACUAAUAAGAAUCUAUUUUUUCUACCCUGUAUAUUCCAUU